AUGGUCCGCGUUGCCAACGUCGUCCUCCGCAACCGCGGCGGUGCCACCACCAAGGAGACAGAGGGUGCAUCUGUCAAGGGUGCCGAUCUCAACGUCACCGCCGCUCCUGCCCCUACCCCAGCAGAGCCCGAGACAACGGACGAGGCCACCACUGGCGCCGUCGCUGAGGUUUGCGCCGACGUCGCAGCCGGGGACGCUACCGAGGAGGAGGCGACCCCCGCCAGGACCAAGCGCGCCGCCCGCCGCAGCUCAGCCGACAAGACCGGCAAGAAGGAGGCUCGCAAGGCCGAGCGGGUAGAGAAGAAGGAGGUCCGCCAGGAGAAGCGCGACACCAAGAAGGUUGCGAAGAAGGAGGCCCGCAAGGAGGCCAACGACGCCAAGAAGGAGGCCCGGGCUGCCGCUGCCGCCGAGAAGAAGGAGAAGGCUGCCGCCGCCGCAGCAGCAGCAGCCGAGAACCCCGAGAGCGCUGGAUACUUCGCCAGGCUCCUGAGCUGGGGCAGGGGUAGCCCGAAAAAGGAGGGCGAGGAGAAGGUCGAGGGCGUCGAGAGCUCCGACGAAGAGGACGAGGAGACUCAGGUGGAAGAGGCCGCCGAAGGCCAGACUCAGGAGCCGUCUGUUGAGCCUGCGGAUGAGCUCUAUGUUGUCAACGACAUCCCCAUCAAGAUGACAGUUGCCCAGCCUCAGCCCAUUGCUGCCUGCUGA